UCUGGACACUGUGAGACAGACAACAAUGCAAUCUGUGAACAAUUUAUUGCACAGUUGAGAAAUGGUUGUGUGUCUCAAACUGUAAAUACAAAAGCCUUCCAACUCUACAGUUCUGGAUUUUUCAUGUCAUUUUAUGUCACUGCAAUUGUUACAGAAAUUGGGACAGGUGUGCAGAUCAGUGAAAAGACCUCUAUUUCUAUUAGUCAAAUACUUGGGAGUGUGAAGUUUGAGAACAUGGACACUUUCUAUAGAAGAGGAAUUACUUAUUUUGGAACUCUUAAAUUUUCCGGUCCUAAUGAUGUACCGUUGGUAAACAAGUUAUUGCAGUUGGAGCUCAGUGACAAAUUUAUAGGAAAUUACACCACAGAUGAGAAUGGUGAAGCUCAGUUUUAUAUUAACACUUCAGGUAUAUUCGAUCCAGAGUUCACCCUGAAAGCCACAUAUGUUCGACCUAAGAGCUGCUAUCCUUACAGCUGGUUGACGCCUGAGUAUUCGGAUGCUUAUUUCUACGUCAAACGCUUUUACUCCCGAACCAAUAGCUUCCUGAAGAUUGUCCAAGAAUCAAAGCAGCUUAGCUGCAAUCAGCAGAAGAAUGUUACUGUGCUUUACUCCCUAAACAGGGAAGCAUACGCAGAUGAUUCAAAAGUAAUCUUCUUCUAUUUGAUAAUGGUGAGAGGAGCUGUCUUCCUUAGUGGACAAAAGGAAAUCAGAAACACAGCCUGGAAUGGAAACUUCUCAUUCCGUAUUGACAUCAGUGCUGAUCUGGCGCCUGUGGCUGUCAUGUUUGUCUACACUCUUCACCCCAGUGGGGAAAUUGUGGCCGACAGUGUCAGAUUUCAGGUGGACAAGUGCUUUAAAAACAAGGUUAGCCUAACGUUCUCCAAGGAGCAGGGGCUACCUGGCUCCAAUGUUAAUCUCCAUCUUCAAGCAGCUGCUAAUUCAUUCUGUGCCCUCAGAGCUGUGGAUAAAAGUGUUCUGCUGCUGAAAUCGGAACAAGAGCUGUCAGCUGAAAGCGUUUACAGUCUGCUUCCAAAAACGGAACUGUUUGGUUAUUUCUAUCAUGGCCUUAACCUUGAUGAUGAAAAGCUAGAUCCUUGCAUUCCUCAGAAGGAUAUGUUUUAUAAUGGUUUGUAUUAUACGCCUGUAAGCAAUUAUGGUGAUGGAGACAUUCGUAAUAUUGUCAGGGAUAUGGGUCUGAAAGUCUUUACCAAUCUCCACUACCAGAAACCAGAAGUAUGUGCAGUGGAGAGAAGGCUGCCAUUUGCUAGGCCCUUACCUCUAAUAAAAGCAGGAGGAUAUGCCCUGACGCAGAGUAUCUCAUCUAGAACAGCAGCUUUGGGAGUCCACAAUGAUAUGUCUACAUCUGCAGAAAAGGCUUUUAUAAAGGAAACAGUAAGAACAAACUUUCCAGAGUCAUGGAUAUGGACCCUCCUCGCUGUCAAUUCCUCAGGUUCAGCAGAUCUUUCAUUCUCCAUCCCUGGUACUAUAACCCAGUGGGAGGCAAAUGGCUUCUGUGUGAAUGGUGAUGUUGGAUUUGGCAUUUCAUCAACAGUUUCUCUGGAAGUCUUUCAGCCAUUCUUUGUUGAACUUUCCUUACCCUUUUCAGUUGUUCGAAAUGAACAAUCUGAUUUGAUUGUCAGUGUCUUCAACUACCUGAAUACAUGUGUAGAGAUUUCUGUUCAGCUGGAAGCAUCGGAGGACUAUGAGGCAAAUAGCAACACUCCACAAAACAAUGACGGUGAGAUUGUACAAGCUGGAGAGAGAAAAACAUAUGUCUGGACUAUUUUACCUAAGAAAUUGGGAAGAGUGAAUAUCACUGUAGUUGCCGAGACCCAACAAAGUAGUGCUUGCCCACAUAAAAAUAAUGAACAGCGAAAUCUAAGAUGGAGAGACACUGUGGUCAAGACUUUGUUGGUAGAGCCUGAAGGUAUUGAAAAAGAGGAAAGCCAAAGUUUCCUGAUCUGUACAAAAGGUACCAAAACUUCUAAGGCAAUAAUAUUGGACUUGCCAAACAGCUUAGUAGCAGGGUCAGCCAGAGCAUUUUUCACUGUUGUGGGGGAUAUUCUAGGACUUGCGCUACAAAAUCUGGAGAAUCUUCUCCAAAUGCCCUAUGGAUGUGGCGAGCAGAAUAUUGCCUUACUAGCAUCUGAUAUCUAUGUCCUUGACUAUCUGAAAUCCACUGAACAGUUGACAGAGGAAGUUAAAUCUCAGGCUUUCUUUUUCUUAUCUAAUGGUUAUCAAAAGCAGUUAUCUUUCAAAAACUUUGAUGGUUCAUAUAGUGUGUUUUCACAGAGGAAUCAGGAAGGAAGCUUAUGGCUCAGUGCUCUUACUUUUAAGACAUUUGAGGGAAUGAAGAAAUAUGUUUUCAUUGAUGAACAAAUUCAGAAACAGACCUUAAUCUGGCUUUCAAGCAAACAGAAAACAGAUGGAUGCUUUAAAAGUGAUGGCAAACUUUUCAACAAUGCCUGGGAGGGUGGAGAUGAAGAGGACGUUUUACUCACUGCCUAUAUUGUUGGAGCAUUCCUUGAAGCUGGGCUCAACUUCACCUUUCCUGCUCUACGAGAUGGGCUCUUUUGCCUACAAGAGGCAUUGGAAAAUGGUGUCACUAAAGGCUACAAUCAUGCAAUGCUAGCUUAUGUUUUUACAUUAGCUGGAAAAGAGGAGCAAGCAGAACCCUUACUCAAGAUCCUGGAUGAAUCUGCUACAAAAAUAAAUAAUGUGAUCUAUUGGGAAAGAGCAAAGAAACCCAACACAGAGGAAUCCUUCUCUUUCCUUCCUCGGGCGCCUUCCGCUGAGAUUGAAAAGACUUGCUAUGUGCUGUUGGCUGUCAUUUCCCGAAAAACUCCUGACCUCACAUAUGCCAGUAAGAUUGUCCAGUGGCUUGCCCAGCAGAUGAAUUCCCAUGGAGGCUUCUCUUCCACCCAGGACACCGCAGUCUGUCUUCUCGCCAUAACCCGCUACAUGAAGUGCACCUUCUCUAAGGAUCAAAACAUUGUCACGUUUAGAAGUGAAGAAUCCAGUGGGAUUUUCCAGGUUAACAGUGACAACCGCUUACUGGUCCAAUGUUUGGAAAUAACAAAAGUGAAUGGACAAUACACAGCAGAAGUGGAAGGGCAAGGUUGUAUAUUUAUCCAGGCUACCCUUAGGUAUAAUGUGCUACCAAGUAAGAAGGCAUCUGGAUUUUCCCUUUCCUUGGAAAUGGUAAAGAAAAACUCUUCAAAUAUAUUCCAAGCUAAUUUUGACCUAACAGUGACUCUCAAAUAUACUGGCACUCGCAAUAACUCCAAUAUGGUCAUUGUUGAUGUAAAAAUGCUUUCAGGAUUUACUCCAGUCUUGUCAUCCAUUGAGGAGCUUGGAAACAAUGGCCGAGUGAUGAAAACUGAAGUCAAGAAUGACCAUGUUCUUUUCUACCUGGAAAAUGUUUUUGAUACAGCAAAAAGUUUCACUUUCUCUGUUGAGCAAACCAACCUUGUGUCAAACAUUCAGCAAGCCCCAGUCAUGGUCUAUGACUAUUAUGAAAAAGAUGACUAUGCACUUGUUUUUUACAAUAUCGACAGCAUUUCAGUUCCCCAGUGAGAAAAAAACAAAGCACAGGAAAAGGUAAGAAAAUUACAUACAUCAUGGACAGCUGAAAGCAUACCUGGUAAGACAAAGAAAACCUAAGGAAGAUAGAACAAUGGAUGAAGCAAAGAGAAGUUCCCGGUAUUU